GAGUGGUAGUGAUGGCGGCGCUCGGUGAGACUUUCCUGUCACUGGAUACUACUACUCCCAGCCCUCCUGAAAGCCGCCUAUGCAACCCCUGAGUCUUUCGUUUACAAGUGGCAAUUUGGCUUGCUCUGCUGCAUGUCAGGAGGGAUCGAGCAAAGUGUGGAGUCGCCCCGGGAAAUAAGGGAUCGCAGUUUGAAAAGAAAAAAAGCCAAACAAAUAAACAAAACCCACCCACCCUAACAAACAUGGGGCUGCUGGAGAGAAUGAGGAAAGAAUGGUUCAUGGUCGGAAUAGUGUUGGCGAUCGCUGGAGCUAAACUGGAGCCGUCCGUGGGGGUCAAUGGGGGACCACUGAAGCCAGAAAUAACUGUAACCUACAUUGCUGUUGCAAUAAUAUUCUUUAACAGUGGACUGUCAUUGAAAACAGAGGAGCUGACCAGUGCUUUAAUGCAUAUAAAACUGCAUCUUUUUAUUCAGAUCUUUACACUUGCAUUCUUCCCAGCAACAAUAUGGCUUUUUCUCCAGCUUUUAUCAAUCACACCCAUCAAUGAAUGGCUUUUAAAAGGUUUGCAGACAGUAGGUUGCAUGCCUCCCCCUGUGUCUUCUGCAGUGAUUUUAACCAAGGCAGUUGGUGGAAAUGAGGCAGCUGCAAUAUUUAACUCAGCCUUUGGAAGUUUUUUGGGCAUCAUUAUAACACCGGUGCUGCUGCUGCUUUUUCUUGGCUCAUCCUCUUCUGUGCCUUUUACAUCUAUAUUUUCUCAACUUUUUAUGACUGUAGUGGUUCCUCUCAUUAUUGGACAGAUUGUCCGGAGGUACAUCAAGGAGUGGCUUGAAAGAAAGAAGCCUCCUUUUGGUGCUGUCAGCAGCAGCGUUCUCCUCAUGAUCAUCUACACAACGUUCUGUGACACGUUCUCUAACCCAAAUAUUGACCUGGAUAAAUUCAGCCUUGUUGUCAUAGUGUUCAUAAUAUUUUCUAUUCAACUGAGCUUUAUGCUUUUAACGUUCAUAUUUUCAACAAGGAAUAAUUCGGGAUUCACACCAGCAGACACCGUGGCUAUCAUGUUCUGUUCCACACACAAAUCUCUAACACUGGGAAUUCCAAUGCUGAAGAUAGUGUUUGCAGGCCAUGAGCACCUCUCUUUAAUAUCCGUGCCCUUGCUCAUCUACCACCCGGCUCAGAUCCUCCUGGGAAGUGUGCUGGUGCCAACAAUCAAGUCCUGGAUGGUGUCAAGGCAGAAGGGAGUGAAAUUGACAAGGCCAACAGUAUAACAGUGAUUUUUGUGCUGCGAUGCCUAUAUGUGCAGACGUGUACAUACAGGCAAUCCUGAAGAUUUGUACUUGUAAAUGUUUCUUUGAUGCAUAUUUUAUUUUUUUACACGAAAAUAUGAUAUACCUGUUUAAGUGCCUUAAAAUGUAUUUGAUAAAUGUUAUUUCCAAAACCUACUUCAGGUUACUGCCAGGGGUACCACAAUCUUUUGGAGUUGUUGAGUUUUUUUACCCUAAUGCCAUGAACAGUCAGUCAUAGGAAGUGAUAAAAACAGCUAACAUUCUUUAUCUGCACCACCUUCUGUGCAAUACAACUCUUACCGUACUGCUUGAAUGAGGUCACACACACCAUCAGGAAAAUACCCUUCUGGUGACCAUGAAAAUUUCCAAAGUCUUACUCAUGUAUUCCUUGAUUUACAGUGUGA